AUGUCGAACGAGUUAGGCGAUUACGACUUGGAGAGGGAGAUGCUGCAGCUAGCGUACAAGGAGUUUGGUGAUGUGGUUACUUUUGAUACCACCUAUCUUUCUAAUGAGUAUAACAUGUCAUUCGCCCCCUUUGUUGGCGUCAAUCAUCACGGACAGUCAACAUUACUUGGCUGUAGGUUGCUGUCGAAUGAGGACACUGAUACCUUCGUAUGGUUGUUCAAAAUAUGGCUUCAGUGUAUGUAUUGUGAAGCUAUGCAGGCCAUAAUUACCGAUCAGGAUAGAGCCACGCAAAAUGCAAUUGAGAUUGUCUUCCCGAACACGAAGCAUAGAUGGUAUUUGUGGCAUAUUUUAAAGAAAGUUUCGAAAAAGUUUGGAUACCACGUGGAUAAGUGUUUGAUAUUUGGGGCUAUACAUGGAUUAGUGUAUGAUUCACAGUCGAAAAAAGAAUUUGAAGAAGGAUGGAUGGCGAUGAUUGACACCUAUACUUUGCAGGAAAAUAAUUGGUUGUCAGGAUUAUAUAAGACUAGAGGGCACUGGACAUCGUUGAAGCAAUUAGUCGAACAGUACGAACGUGCUCUCAGGAAUAAGAUGGAGAAGGAAUUCCAAGCGAAUUUCAAGUCGUUCUCUCAAAUGAUACCAUGUGCAACACAGUUCGAAAAGGAAGAACAGUUUCGAUUAGUUUACACCAUAUCGAAAUUUCGGGAAGUUCAAGAAGAGUUCACGGGUAAAGUCUAUUGUAACGUCAUAUCUAAGUCGCAAAGAUCUUCUGAGACGACGUAUAAUGUACGGGAGACUGUUAUGAGAAUACUUUGUAGGCAUGCAAUAGCGGUUCUGGACUGGAACGACGUCACAUGUAUUCUGGAUUGGUAUAUUUUACAGAGAUGGAGGAGGGACAUUUGUAGAGCACACACGAGAGUUCCAGUAAACUACGCAGGGUUAGAGACUACUCCUGCACAAUUAAGAUACGAAGGGAUGUCUAAAGAUUUGCGCAGGUGGCGAACCUUGCUGCAGACGACGAAAUGCGGUCACGUGCGAUAA